AUGUCUGCAUCCACAAACCUGCUUAUCAUACAUCUCAAAGACAAAAGAUUACUCCUCCCACAGCAACAUUGGUUUGGAACAAUUGACCAUCCACAACUUGUAGCAGGUGCGUUCAAUAGAUCAGUAGUUGUAUAUUGGAACACUUCAAGAGAAACAGGCGACUGUCUCUUUGGAAGCAUAUGGACAGUCUGGCGGGACUGCCUGAAAGGACAGCCUGAAAGUGUAUUAUGUCACCUAGUCACAUAUUUGGGCAAAUGUCAUAUUGGCAGGACAGCCUGGGCAGCCUGGGCAGCCUGGGCAGUCUGGAAAUAUGUUACUAAACUUACUUCACGUAUUUAG